CAGAAAGCCAUUACAGAACUUGAACCCCUGUCUUCACUCUCACUGAAGAUAACUCGACAUUGAGUUGCAGUUUUAUACAACGCAAAAACAACCCGCAAAAUAGAAGGAUGAAGGAAUUUUUUUUACUUCUAUGUUUAUGGAUGUUAGAUUUAACACCAGCAUCUGAACUGCCGUGUGAAGACCAUCUGGGGUUAGGACAAAAUACAGGCGCUGGGAACCUCACGUUUAAAUUGAGAGCAACCAGUGGCAAUGCUAGCCACAUUAGAAUUAACGGCACCAACGCCUGGAAACCAGUUGUGAAUGGUCAAAAUUUUAUUCAGAUCAACAUAUCCCAGCCAGUUUUACUGACUAGUCUUCGACUUGACGGCGAGCGGAGAAAUACUAGUCGUGUGACGGGGUUUGUGCUGCAGACGUCGUACGACUGCUCUACAUACGAUUCACAAAACUACAGUAUACAAUACUUGAUGAUGGAUAUACCAAUAACUGUUCCAUUGAAGAAGGUGGAGUAUGUCAAAUGUCUAAAGAUUGUCCCUACCAAUUACACAGGGAGUAGAGCAGCUUUGAGACUUGAUCUUAUAGGCUGUCGUGUUGUAAAGGAGGAAACUUGCCAGAAUCCAGCGCGACCACCAGCGAAUAUACAUCUGCAAGCUCAUUCAAAGAAACUGAUGUUCGAUCAGGAAAUUACUUUGGCGUGGGUAGCGGUACAACUGCUGUCUAACACAUCUGUCUUAAGAAGUUACGUACAACUAAAUUACAACCUGGACUGCAACUCGUCGGCCAUAACUGGUUAUUCGUUUCAUCAUGCGAAAUCGUCGAAUAUCACGUCGGAUAACCAGAAAUCGAAAUGGCAGAUACUUGAAUUCGGUUACCCAAUUAGGGUCAAAUGUCUGUACGUGAUGUCCUCAAACAAUGAAACCAUCGGAAAAAUCUAUACGAAUAGAUGCAGUAAGUCACAGGGUGUUUUUCUAGUAAUAUAUUAUUCUUGA